CGGAGGGCGAGCGGCGAGCGAGCGAGGAGCGGGAGAGAGAGAGAGGGCGAGAGAGGGUGAGAGAGUGUGGGAGAGACGGAGGGAGGGAGGAGAGGGAGGGACAUGUCCGAACACCGCUCCUCAUCCCUGGGUGACGCCAAGGCGGUGGCGGUGGCGCCGAGCGGGCCGCGCUGGCGGCGGCGAAGCGGCACUUUCCGCUCCUUCCAGGAAUGGUGCCUGCGCACGUACGGCGACGCCGGGAAGACAAAGACGGUCACGCGCAAGAAGUACCAACGCAUCGUGCAGCUACUGAGCGGAGGCGAGGCGGCGUCCGGAGACAACGCCAAAUUUAAGUUCUGGGUUCGGUCCAAGGGCUUCCAGCUCGGCGGAGAGGCCGACGUCUCGGCCCCUCGGCUCCACGUGCCCGUGAAGACGAUGCUGGGAGACGGCACGGUGGCGGACGGCGCGAGCCUGAGACGCGUGGCCGUGGUGGAGGACUUCUACGACAUCAUCUACUCGAUCCACGUGGAGACGGCCGGGGGCAACGAGCGAGCGGUCAAACACGCCGGGCAGAAGCGUACCUACAAGGCGAUCUCGGAGACGUACGCGUUCCUCCCACGGGAAGCCGUCACCAAGUUCCUGAUGAGCUGCACCGAGUGCCAGAAGCGAAUGCAUCUCAGCCCCCGCGCUGCCGAGCACAAGGAAAACGAGCACCCGCCCGCCCUGCUCUCGGACGACAUCGAUUACAACCUGCCGCUCACGACCACCUACAUGAAGCACAUGCGCCUGCACCUGCUGGACGCCAACAGACAGGAUGAGGAGUCGGAGUCGGUGAGCAGCGUGGAGGAGCAGCGCGACAUGAGCGCCUCCGCUCCCCCCGCGUCCGAGACGGAGCGCCACGAGCGCGAUGGCGGUGGCAGCAGCCCCCGGGGCAGUCAGGGCGGCGAUGAAGAUCACUCGCUCUCGUCGGACCUCUCCGGGGAGGCGCGCGGGCCCGACGCUCCGCACCCGGCCGCUGCCACCACCGCCGCCGCCAACGGGCGGCCGCACGAGGCCGGCCCCGACUCGGAGCCGGCCCCCCGCGAGGCCGAGGGGACCCUCGCCGCUCUCCCCGAGCCCGGUCUCGACCUCCCGCUCAACCUGAGCGAGCAGCGCAGGGCUCGCUGCGGCGCCGCCGCUCGCCUUCCCCUCCCUCUCGGCCUCCCUCCUCCUCCGCCUCCGCCGCCGCCGCCGCCGCCUCCGCUGUCCCAGCCGAUCGCCAGGGCGAAGGCCGAGGAGGCCGAGCUGGAGAUGGACACGGACGCCGCGUCCGAGACGGAGGCCGCGUCGGAGCCGGCGCGGGUCCGGGCCAGGCACGGGGCGACGGUGAAGGUGGAGAGGGACAAGGACCACGACGUGAGCAGGUCCCCGCACAGGGGCAUGGUGGCGGCCGCGGCUGCCGUGGCGGUGGUGGCGGCCGGAUACGAGCUGCGGCGUCGGGAGGCGGUGGCCGCGGUGGCCGCGGUGGCGGCGGUGGCGGCGGUGGCGGACGACGCGUCGCCCGUGCGUGGCGGGGACGACGACGACGACGAGCACGACGAGGACGCGGAGAGGAUGGGCGACGUCGAGGGCGCCGACCCCGAGAGGCUCAAGGCCUUCAACAUGUUCGUCCGUCUCUUUGUGGACGAGAACCUGGACCGCAUGGUGCCCAUCUCCAAGCAGCCCAAGGAGAAGGUGCAGGCCAUCCUCGAGUCGUGCCACCGCCAGUUCCCCGAGUUCCAGGAGCGAGCCCGCAAGCGCAUCCGCACCUACCUCAAGUCGUGCCGCCGCCUACGCAAGAACGGCCUCGAGCUGCAGCAGUCAAGGACGACGCCCCCGCACCUCACGUCGGCCGUCGCCGAAAACAUCCUGGCCAUGGCGUGCGAGAGCGAGAGCAGGAACGCCGCCAAGCGCAUCCGCCUCGACCUGCAGGCGGACGAGCCCAUGCCUCUGGAAAGGCCGGCGCAUUUGCCCCACGACCUCGUGCGAACCUCGCACCAGCACCAGCACCUGCAGCAGCCGCCCCCUUCGUUCCCGCCGCCCCCGCCGCCCGCCCCGAUGCCGCUGGCUUUUGCGGGGGACGCGCCGCCGUACGUCAACGGAAGCAUGCGCUACGCUCACCACGGCUUCGGCGGGCUGGGCGGGGGAAUUCAGCACCCGGCGCUGUCCGCUCAUCACAACCCCCCAGCACCGCCCCCGCCGCCCGCCCUGCACCUCGCCAACAUCAGCAACGGCCCCACCGACCUCAGCAUGAAGAAACCCCCCAGCACCUGCAGCAACAGCAGCGGCAGCAACAGCAGCUCGGGCAGCAGCAGCCCCAGCCCCCCGGGCCAGGUGCAGGCCGGAGGGGCGGGGCCCACGUGCUGCAAGGCGAGCGGCGGGGGGGCCGGCGGGGGGGCCGGCGGGGGGGCCGGCGGGUGCCCCGCGCAGCUCAGCCCCACGGAGAUCGGCGCCGUGCGCCAGCUCAUCUCGGGGUACCGCGAGUCCGCCGCCUUCCUGCUCCGGUCGGCCGACGAGCUCGAGCAUCUCAUCCUGCAGCACAACUGAGCGGGCGCCAUCGCCCCUCCCCCCCUAUCCAUCGCCGUGGGGCGAGUCAUUCCGAUGUCCGCCCAUCCUGGCGGGCGUAGCUCCGGAGUGCGCAGGCGGUGCAACUGCGACGUCGAUCAACUGGGCCAGACCGGGCUCCCCCCCCCCAAAGCGCCAAGUUACGUAGAGGAGGGAAUUUGGACAGGAGGCGGCCAUUUCAUUCUUCGCACGGGGGCCUGUGCCAACAACGCUACGGCAAUGAGCUACUGCAUGGCAAUUAGUCACACUGGCGACACGUCAUCAUGUUAAUGAUGAUCAUUAUCAUCAUCAUGAACAUCAUCAUCACGUGGAUUUGUCCCUUGAUUAUGCUCAGUACAAAUGUCCAUCUGCUCAUCCGAUGUGCCCAUGCGCCUGUUGAAUGUUCACCUCGCCAACAUGAAACCAAUGUUCAUCAACAAUUGAUUCACGUGACAAUCCAUCUAUCAGAUGUUACAACUAAUGAUGCAUCCUCCUAAUCAAUCUUAUAAUUCCGUGAUCAAUUCAUCCGACUACAAAUCCAUUUGACAUUCAUCCAUCAAUCCAUAAAUCAACUUCACAACGCCUGUGCCAUUUGCCUGUCAAAAUUCCCAUGCAACUCAUCAGCCUGAUUCAAAAUGGAUUUGUUAGAACUGAAUUCUGAGUGUAUGGUUUACAGCUGC